UAAUUUCUACGCUUGCUACACCUUCCUCAAAAGCAAUUCAAAAAUGUUGUUCUACUUGAAACUUGGCUCGCUUUUGAUGGUCACGAUGGUUGUCAUAUCUGUAAGUGUGACGACAUCAAAAAGUAUUGGGCAGCAAGAGAAAGUGCUCUACCCAUCUGAAUUUGACAUCGAGAAUAAGCCAGGAAUACUUCAGCGAGUGCAGAGCAGCAACCAGAAAUUGCUGGAAGAUGAUGGAUCAAUGGACACUGCUCUUCUGAAUUACUUAUUCGCCCGCCAGAUGUUCAACCGCAUUCGCAACAACGUCGACGUCACCGACUUGCAGAGGAAACGUUCUUACUGGAAGCAAUGUGCGUUCAACGCUGUUUCCUGCUUUGGGAAGAAGUAGAACAAUUCGCCAACUCUCCAUGUGCAAUAAAGAAAGCAUGUCAAGAAUAUCAUCAUACUAUUACAGUUAUGAUUGUAAUUCAUUGUAUAUUCGCCAGUAAAUAGAAUAGAAAUGUC